AAAGCCAUUGUUUGAGCUUCUGAUUCGGUCGAGCAGUGACAUAUCGACUCACUCUCCAAUUGGCUCAUCCUUCUCUCUCUCCAACCCAUUUCCCUUCCCAUCCGAAAAAAUUGCGAGAUGAGCCUGAUUUUGAGUGAAGCAGAACCGAAUGAACUGCGAGAUGAGUCCGAUUUUGAAGCAAUCUUCUCCGACAGCGAUUACAUUUCCGUUUGUGGCUAUGGAUCUCUCCUCUCCGAAAGGAGUGCACGAAGUACUUUUCCUGAAUUGAUCAACUUUAGAAUUGCGAGAUUGAACAAUUUCAGACGCGUUUUCGGAGUUAUUGCUCCUAUUUUCUUUGAGCACGACAUUGCUAAACCUGAAACCAAGGAGAUUUCAAGUGUAUUUGCAGAGCCUUGUGAAGGAGAAACUAUCAUCAUUACGGUUUUCGAGAUUAAGAAAUUUGAGAUUCCAGCGUUUAUAGAGAGAGAGUUUGCGUUUCGAUUUCUAACGGUUCUUCCUGAAACAUUAGAUGGAAAGCUAUAUCAUAAACCAGCGGUGCUUUGUUCUCGAUCCACCGAUGAAGAAUUUUUUCAAGUGAAAUGCAAAGGAAACAAGGACAUUUUUCUUCAAUAUUACGGUCGUCAUAACGUUGAUAAAAUAUGGAGAGAUGAUAUCUUACCUUGUCGUGUCUAUCUUCGACACUGUAUUUUAGCUGCAAAAGGUGUAGAUGAUGUUGCUUAUAACAACAUUUUGGAUCACACUUUCCUUGGAGAUCGUUGCACAACCAUUCGUGAAUACUUGGUUACUAAUGGCUCGAGCAUUAUGGAAGAGGAGCCUCCAAAAUCCCUCAAGUUUCGAUAUGGUGGUUGACACUAUGAAAGAAAAUUAUUUAGAUGCAUUACAAACAAUACCUACUUUUAUCUCAAAAAAAUUUGUAUUUUAGUUUUAUUUCGCUGCCCUCCAAUUAUUGUUGUCUAUGGAAUGUCUCGUACCUAUGCUAUUCUAAAUGUUAAUUUCAAACAUGUUCUCAAGUUGUUGAACUUAAACACUUCUCGUGCAAUAAUUUGCAACAAGUUUUUCUUCUCUUUUAA